AGUAAGAGGAUGAGCUCAUCGUUUAGAAUCAGUCUCUGAGAGGGAAGAGGGAGACAACACGACGUGGACUCUAAGAUCCUGCAGACCUGCUGCACGCUGCUUUGUGGGCUUCUGGAGAGGAUUUGACACGCAAAAACACAACAUGGUUUGGUCCAGGGAUGGAGAGAUGGAGUGUCCUCCUCUGUCCAUCAUCCUACCAAGACUCUACCUAGGAGCGGAGAGCGAUGUGACGCAGGACCGACUGGCCUCUCUGGGCAUCUCCUAUGUUCUGAGUGUGAGUCGCUGCAGCCCCCGGCCUCCCUUCCUUCCCUGCUCCAGACACCUGCGCAUUCCCAUCGAUGACUCCCUGCGGGACGACCUGCUGCCCUGGAUCCCCCAGGCUCUGCGCUUCAUCGAUAAGGCCAUGUCGUCCGGCGCCUCCGUGCUGGUUCACUGCGCGGCCGGGAUCUCUCGCUCUCCGGCUCUGGCUGUCGCCUACAUCAUGUACAGCUUGGGAAUGGACCUGGACCAGGCCUACAGGUUCGUGAAGGAGCGCCGACCCGCCAUUUCCCCAAACUUCAACUUCCUGGGUCAGCUGCAACACUUCCAGGGCACCUUGCGUCAAAAAGCCGGCGGCGGCGGCGGCGACUUCCUGGAUAAUGACCUUCCAUCCAUCAACCGCAACAACAACCAGGCCGACGCCGUAGAGAAUUCCUGCCAGCAGAGACGUUCAAAUGCCGACGCCAACGGCAACCACGAGACUCUAUGGACUUUAAACCAGCAGGAAGUCCAGACUCCCUUCAGGACGUCUGGUCCGAGCCCGCGUGCGUCACUCCAACCGGCGCCAAAACCCACGCAACCACAACUCCCAGCAGCUUCUCUGUCAGAAAGACGGAAAAGCCUCAGCCUCUCCUUGGCCCCCUUAGGAGUCUGCGCCCCGGCGACGACACGCCAUAGCGACCAGAGUGCGCCUAGAAGUGUGCACGAGAGAGAGUCGGGGGCCAAGACGCGGAGCGAGGAGACGUGCAAGGGUCCUCAGAGCAAACACAAGACAUCAGAGGCCAAGGAUCAAGGCCUGCUGUCGCCGCUCGGCUGCACCCUCAGCAGGCUGCUGGACUGGGGGGAGAGGAUGCUGCUGGGGGGGGUCUUUGCCCACCCGGUUAAGAUGGGACAGCCCGCUUUGCCGUACAGAUGCUGAGUGGACUCCCUUCGGGUGUUUGUGCGUGCACACCUGUUUAUUUAUUGCCAUUUUCACCCUCUUUAUUAUGUUGUUGUCAUUUGAAGUGAAUUGUACAAGAUUUACUGACCAUUAAAUGUUCCAUUCCAACCUCA